UGGGCGUGACGCUUUAGAAGCGGGGAGGCUGCUGCUGCUGAGGACUGCUGGUGCCCUGAGGUCUCAGCGGCGCCCACUCGGCCGCGGGAACGAGGGGGAUGCUGCGGCCGCUGCCCAAGCGCCUCGGGAGGUUUCUGAGCCGCACCAUGAGCCACCGCGAGGCCGAUCCGCGCGCCGCCGGGAAGCGGGUCCUGGUGGCAGGGCUGGGGAAUUAUGGGCUGCAAGGGACCCGUCAUAACGUGGGCAUGGCGGUGCUCAAUCAGCUGGCCCAGAAGUUGAACGUCGCUGACCAGUGGAAAGCGGACAGACGCUGCUGUGCAGACGUGACCAUCACUAAUGUGGAGGAAGCAGAGCUGGUGCUGAUGAAACCUCGGCGGCUCAUGAACAUCAAUGGACUCAGUGUAGCAAGCGCUGCUGAAACUUACGACCUCAGGGUAGAAGACAUUUACCUGGUUCACGACGACCUGGACAAGCCGCUGGGGAAGAUGGCGAUAAAGCUGGGAGGCAGCGCACGGGGGCAUAACGGGGUCCGUUCCUGCAUCAGCUCCCUGCACUCGGAUGGCAUGGUGCGGCUCAGGGUCGGCAUUGGCCGGCCGGUGGGAGAAGCCCUGGUGGAGCGCUACGUGCUGGGCCGGUUCACCAGCGCUGAGCACGAGGUCCUGCAGCGCGUCCUGGAGCAGGCGGCCGACCUCCUGCUGGAACACAUCCUGCAGAGGAGCAGCGGCAAGGACCACAUGCCCCCUGGCGGCAAGAGGGACAGGACACCUCAUUAACCCUUUGAGCUGGGGGAGUUUUUAUGAAUAUGGUGCCAAUGGAAAGCAGUGGUCCUGGACUCCUUCAUAGGCCUCUGGGCACAGCUGGGGUGGGCUGGGGGAGCUAAGCAGAGAGCACUGACCCCACAAACCGUGCUGUGCGGGGGCAGGGGCCAAGGGAAGCUCCUGGCAAUGAAACUUGUGGGGAGGUGGCGGACUGUUCCUGCACCCCCUCAUGUCAGGUGACGGGGUCUCCCAACCCCAUUAGUGCUGGCAAAUGCAGCUCCACGUGGCCAAGUGCCCACGCCUGGCACUGCAGCACCCUGCAGAGCGGGGUGUAAGGAGGAGCCCGAGAGAGACUCCAAGUCCCAACCAGGCUCUACCCCAGAUCCCAGCUGGAGGGUUGUCGUGUUCAGCGGCAUCUGCCUCCUUGCCCAGCCUGGGACCACUCUGUCCCUGCCCCUGCAGAACAGGUCUGGGACUUGGUGGUCUUGCCCGGUCUCAGCUUUGCCUUGUUCGUCCUUGGUGCCCAGCCAAGCAUCUCAGUAACUCCACAGGUUUUACAGGGUGGUUUUGCAUAGACUGUACAAUAAACUCAGGCCUCCAGU